CUGAUAUACUAAUUGAUACAGAUAUUAUAAACACUAAAGAAGAAAUUGCAACAGACCACCACUGUGCCAGAGCAAUAUUACUUGAUACAUUUCAUAAACCACUUCCUUCAAACAUAUAUAAACAAAAAACUCAAUAUAGAUAUAAUCUUAAUACGACUCAAAAAGAAAAUUGGGACAAAUUCGCUAAAGAAUUAUCUAAUAAAACAAUCGCAACAACAAAUUCUACACAUACUCAAUGGCAGCAAAUCAAAUCCAACAUAAUACAAAGCGCAAAUAAAAUAAUUAAACGAACCAAACAAACAGUUAAAGACCACACAGCAAACAAAUUAAUAUUAUUGACCGAUCCAACACAAAUUAAAAAUCUAAUAUCUAAAACAUUUGCUUCAUGGGGAAAAAACAACCCUACCACAACCCUGUCAACGUGGCCAGAAUGGAAAAAAGAAUAUACCCCCAAGUACACAGACAACAAACAAAUUUUUGCUGAGGCUAUGUUACCAUUCUCUGUCAGUGAAAUUCAAAAGGUGAUUAUGAAUAUGUCCAACAAAAAAGCUCCUGGAGAAUCAAAUAUACCAUACGAAUUUUGGAAACACCUAGACAACAGCCACUUAACAGAACUAUGUUCACUAUUCAACAAGAUUCUAGAUACCAAACAAAUACCAAAAGACUGGAAUCAUAGCAAUACGUUUCUCAUUGCAAAGCCUAAACCAUGGGAAAAAGACCUCAGAAUGACACGCCCUAUUGCCCUACUAGAAUCAGCACGGAAAAUAUUUACCAAACUGCUUUAUCUAAGAAUUGCAAAUAUUCUCACCAAUAACAAACUGUUAUCACAAUUAAACUGGGCAGGACUGCCGGGAGGCUCGACGAGUGGUCCAAUUCACAUCAUUAACAACUGCCUAGAAGAUGCAAGAGAACACAAAAAACCCAUAUGGAUCCUUACACAAGAUAUUUCUAAAGCAUUUGAUUCAAUUAACCAUUCAUUACUCCAACUGGCUCUCAAACGUAUUAAUAUGCCAGAUAAUCUAAUUACAUUGAUAAUGAACUUGUAUACACAGAACACAACAAAUGUAAUUACCUUCCAUGGAAAAACGGAUAAAUUUACUCAAUUAACUGGUAUCCCACAAGGAGAUGCUCUUUCUCCACUCCUGUGGCGAAUAUACUAUGAUCCACUCCUAACCCGGUUGGACUCUUGCACAGAAGGUUACAACCUAUCAACUGAACAUCAUCUUUCAGACAUAAAUAACCUUAAAACUCUUCACAUCAAACAAAAAAUCAAUGCCAUCGCCUACAUGGAUGACACAACAUAUAUAACAUCAACAAAAGAAGAGUUAAUAAAACUACUCUCACUGGUAGAAGAAUUUUCCUCAUUUACAGGAAUGACCAUAAAUCAUACAAAGUCAGAACUGCUUACAAUUAAUGUGACAAAGCCAAAAGAACAAAAAGCAUCAAUAGAAUUUGGAAAACAAAAGAUCAUAGAUGUGGGUAAAACAGGAGCAAUUCGACUUCUAGGAAUUUAUAUACAACACAACAAAAACAAAUCGUACCAAACCAAGUUAAUUAUGGAUAAAGUUUCAGAUAUUUGUAACAUUAUCCAAAGAAAACGAUUAACAGAUAAAGAAGCUCGUUACAUUAUCAAUCAUGUAAUUUUCCCUAAAAUUGAAUAUCUAAUGCAAGACUUGACAAUUACAGAUGGGUUAAAAAAUAAAAUCAAUUCCAAAUGCUUUACAGCUCUAAAAUAUAAAGCAGGGCUCGCUCAAACUGCUAUUAACAGUAUAUGCACCACAAAACUAGGAUACGAGUUAUACGACACAUAUUAUAGAUAUGCACAACAACAUAUCAAUACCCUUAGCGCAAGGAUCAAUGACCAAUCAAUAAUGGGAGCUACAACAAGAAUCAGAUUACAAGCAGCACAAAAUCAAGUAUGGAUCCCAAAUUCAAUCUUAGAGACAAAUAUCCCAAAAGAACAGAUAAUUUUGCAUCAAAACCUAACAUUAGACAUACUAAUACUAGCAAAACAAUAUGGAAUAGAAUGGUCUACAUCAACUAUCUCCUCUAAAAUUACUACCACCCUAACAGGAGGAAAGAUACAUAUCUCCCAAUUUUGGAAUAAUAAUAUUAAAGAAUACAUCAUUCCAUCCAAACAACUGAGACGAUACAAAAUAGCAUUUCUUGAACAACUCCUAGACUUUAACUAUAACCUGAUGGAUUGGAAAUAUCUCCGAACCAAAAUCAAAGAACAUUUAAAUGACACAAACAUAACUAACACAAUAAAACCGUGUCCAGGAUGCCACAUGAAAGACAAAAACAUUUCAGACAAAAGAACAAAAUGCCUAAUUGACUAUCAAAAUAUGGCACACUCACCAAUUGAAUAUAUAACGGUACAACUAUCUAAAGGACAACCCCAAGACUAUGCACCAUCAACAAGACUAUACCGAAUAAUAAACCCAAGAACAGAAUUAUUGUCCAAAUUGCAAUAUAGAAAAUCUAUAACAGUAAACAAUACAUUACAUAUUACUGAAAAGAACAAUACACCGGCCCCUAAAUCACUAAAAGGAUCACAUAAUAUUAUUGACAAAGUUUUUAUUACCACAACAGAAACAAAAUUAAAAAUGAAACAAAUUCGAUCUGAAUUAACAAAAAUAAAUCCAGCUGAAAUAAUUUUUUACACAGAUGGUUCACUUAAUAACAAAUAUAUCAUGGGCCAAAUGCGAAUGGGGUGGCUUAUAACAGACCCAAUUAUAUCACCAGUACAGUACUUUGUCACAGAUACUGACUCAUAUCCAUCAUCCAAUAAAGCUGAACUAAUGGCCAUACUGACAGCUUUGACAGUCGUACCACAAGGAAAGAAAGUAACUAUAAAUACAGACAGUAAAGAAGCAAUCCGUAUGAUCAAUGAACACCUUCAAGGAGAUCAAACAAAAGUCCUACACAAAUUAAACUAUCUUCCGAUUAUACAAACGAUUAAACAAAUAAUUAACCAGCUCCAAUUAAAACUCACUCUUACAAAAGUGGAAGCUCAUUCAGAUAACUUGAACAACAAUAUAGUAGAUAAUCUAGUUAAAAUAACAGCGCAAAACUGGCUAAAUUUUGACAAGCUGAGAAUUAAUAGAGAAUACAUUAACAUAUUAGCUAUUCCAAUGCUCAAAAACAAAGUUAUAGAAGAACCUAUCAAAAAAACUAUUCAGACUAUUAAUCGCACAGCAGCCUUCUAUAAAUGGAGAACACAAAAUCGUACAUCAAGCUCAAUCUCUGAAAGAAAAUCACACAACAUAAACUGGCACCUCACACAAAAAACCAAUCAUCCGUCCACACUAUACCAGAAUCCCAACUCAUUAGAAGAUACCAGACAACGUUCAUUCAAACUCAGGUUACAAAACAAUGAACUCCCGACAAUGGACAAACUCCAUCAACGCCGUCCACAUUUGUACUUUACAAAUAAAUGUCCAUUUUGCAAUCAAGAAAAAGAAACAAAUAUACAUGUGUUCAUAUGCGAAGCAUUAGAAGAACAAUAUAAUAUUAAUACUUUGCUUAAAGAAACCAUACAGUUAACAGCAAAACAAGUCAAACAAAAAGGAAAAAAAAAUACUAAAUACAUGACACUUGACUCGAUUAAACAGAUCUUAAGUCAAGAACCAGCAUUUCUAUUAGAGACAAAUACUGCACCAAACGAAUCAGCUGAAAUACAUUUUCUGGACAUA